AUGAGGUGGCUCCUGCCCUGGACGCUGGCAGCGGUGACCGCAGCCGCCGCCACGGGCAGCGCCCUGGCCACGGCCCUCUCCGCGGCCCCCACGGCCAUGGCCUCCACCCCCGCGCCGCUGGAGGACACGUCCUCACGCCCCCAGUUCUGCAAGUGGCCGUGCGAGUGCCCGCCGUCCCCGCCACGCUGCCCGCCGGGCGUCAGCCUGGUCACCGACGGCUGCGAGUGCUGCAAGGUGUGCGCCCAGCAGCUCGGGGACAACUGCACCGAGGCCGCCGUCUGUGACCCCCACCGCGGCCUCUACUGCGACUACAGCGGGGACCGCCCGAGGUACGCAAUAGGAGUGUGUGCACAGGUGGUCGGCGUGGGCUGCGUCCUGGACGGCGUGCGCUACGGCAACGGCGAGUCCUUCCAGCCCAGCUGCAAGUUCAACUGCACGUGCGUGGCGGGCGCGGUGGGCUGCACGCCCCUGUGCCUGCGGGUGCGCCCGCCGCGCCUCUGGUGCCGCCUCCCGCGCCGCGUGCGCCUGCCCGGCCGCUGCUGUGAGCGCUGGGUGUGCGACGACCACGCCCGCAGGCCGCGCAAGCCCGCGCCGCGCCACGCCGGAGACCUAGCGAUCCUGGGUGAGGCCGAGCCCUGGCACGGGAACUGCAUUCCCCACACCAGCCCCUGGAGCCCCUGCUCCACCAGCUGCGGCCUGGGCAUCUCCACGCGGGUGUCCAACGCCAACGCCGGCUGCCGGCCCGCGCAGGAGAGCCGCCUCUGCACGCUGCGGCCCUGCGGCCUGGACGUCCGGCCGCGCAUCAAGGAAGGGAAGAAGUGUCUGGCCGUGUACCAGCCGGAGGCGCCCUUGAACCUCACCCUGGCCGGCUGCGUCAGCACGCGCGCCUACAGGCCCAAGUACUGCGGGGCCUGCACAGACGGCAGGUGCUGCGUCCCCUACAAGUCCAAGACCAUCGACGUCGCCUUCCAGUGCCCCGACGGGGCCAGCUUCUCCCGCCCGGUCCUGUGGAUCAACGCCUGCUUCUGCAACCUCAGCUGCCGGAACCCCAACGACAUCUUCGCAGACCUGGACCUCUACCCCGACUUCGCAGAAAUUGCCAACUAG